CUGCUUUCGGACUUCAUCGACCUGUUCUCCAAAAGACAAUCCCGCCAUCUUUUCUCUCGUCCACAUUCACUACCUCCCUCAAACUAGCCCCCCACCACCACAUACGCCCUCUUCACGAUGUCUGACCAAUUUGCUCAAAUAGCUGACAUUCCUCGCGAGUUCCUAAAGGAUGGAACUCUUUUCAUCAAUCGUUGCACCAAGCCGGACAAGAGAGAAUUUAUCAAGAUUUCUCAAGCUGUCGGUAUUGGUUUCGUCAUUAUGGGGGUAAUCGGGUUUAUCGUAAAGCUCAUCCACAUCCCAGUCAACAAUAUUUUAGUUGGCGCUGCGUAAGUAAUCGAUGAGGUUUUGUGGGGCAUCCGGAAGAUUCUCUGGUGUGUUUGAAAAAGGAGUCCGUGGUUUCGUUCUGUUCCUAGAAUUACUUUAUUGUACUAUACUUUGGUUGGGAGUCAUCUUUUUCUCACAGUUUAUAUCAACCAAAAACUUGGCUUCCCUUGCAUUCUCCACCAUUUGUCGGUUUGGAACUACCUUCACUGGCGCCGGCCCCCCAGGUCAAGCCAUUUACAUCUCGCCAGAAAGCUGUUGAUACUAGUAUUCUGUAUCGGGGGAUCAUGGGGGAUUUGCACAGAUCCUGAUAGUCAUGAGGAAAGUCUAGAACAGAUAGCCUACCGUA